AUGCAGUUCUUGGUGAAGACCCUGACUGUCAAGACCAUCAUCCUCAAGGCUGAGCCCAGUGACACCACUGAGAAGCCCAAAGCUAAACUUCAAGACAAGGAAGAAGGAACCCACCCUACACUUGUGUUUCACCGGUGGGGUAGCAUCAUGGAGCCCUCCCCCCACCAACUCAUCCAGAAGUACAACUGUGGAAAGAUGAUCUGCGACAAGUGCUAUGCCUGCUUGCACCUCAUCAAUGUCAACUGCCACAAGAAAAAGUGUGGCCACACCAACAAAUUGUGA